AUUGCUAUUCGCCUCUUCCGCUUGGACGCCAAAACAAGGCGGAACUCUACGCGACUACGACAAAACCAUAGCAGAACUCUAUGCAGCCAAGUAGCCAACGCAGGCACAGACCGCACAGUGGCAGACUGGCGGAACAACUCAUAGCCGAAGCCCGAAGCAGCAGGAGUUGCAGUCUCGCAGGCCGCGGACCGCAGUUAAGCCGCACCAAGGCCAUCGCUAUUUCAAUUUCUUUGUUGUUGAUUAUAAUUGUUAAUUUAUUAAUUGCUGAUUUUUUAUUUGUAAUGGACUAAUGGUUGGCAAAUAGUAAUGUUGUAGGGCUGAAAAUUAUUUGUUAAGGGUUAAUUUUAAUUUAGUAAUUGUUAAUUUUAAUUUUUUGUAGUAUUUCUAAAUUAAUAAUUUAUUAAUUGUUAAUUCUUAUCAUCGCUUUAAUUGUAGUAUUUCUAGGUUGUUUUAGAAAGAAUCUCUAUACCAUAAAAAAGAAUCUCUAUGUUUCGAUUUUAUCCAAAGUUUCCCAAAGGUAGUAAAGGGCCGAACAUUGAUGUUCUUCAUUGAAUAAUGUAACGUUGAAAAUAUCACUCCUAACGUUGAAAAUAUCACUCCUAACGUUGAAAAUAAUGUUAAAAAGCCUAAAGCGAUUGAAGUUGAAAAGUCUCUAGGAUGUUAUCACUCCUAGAAGUUGAAAUAUCAGAGAACGACAUUAUUGGUGAUCCUGGAUAGCGUAAAGCCGAAAGUUACAAUGUUAAUAUUAAAGAAAAAGUGAGAAGAUGUUAUUUGACAAAGGGCCCUACUUAAUCACGUGAGUUCAAAUUUCCACAAAUUUAAUUUACUGGGUGUAUGAGAUCAUUUCAAAAGUAGUGGUUUGAAGAAUUUAAUUGGUUGGAAUAUAGUGUUGCUAAGGAUGCAACAUUUUGUUACUUGUGUUAUUUGUUUGCUAGAGGCCAUAAAAAUGGGGAUGAUGUUUUUACUGAAAUUGGUUUUAAUAAUUGGAGGAAGGCCAAGGAAAAAUUCCGUGACCACGAAGGAACUCCAAAAAGCAUACAUCAUUAUGCAAAAAUUCAAUAUUCCGGGUUCAAAAACCAAAAGCAAAAUGUGGAUUAUGUAUUAUCCCAACAAACCAAGAAAGAUGAAAUUAAUUAUCGUGCUAGAUUAACAAUUAUUGUUGAUAGUUCGAUUCCUUUUAGAUGGUGGAUUGGCUUUUCGAGGUCACGAUGAAUCAGAUACUUCAGUGCAUUCAGGUAAAUAUUUAUUAGAUUAUUUACAUUAAUUUUUAUCUUAUUCAUUACAUUAUUAAUUUAUAAUGCUUAUUGUAAAAUUUGUAUAAAUGUAUUUAUAGGUAAUUUCCUUGAACUCUUGAAAUGGGAGUGUAGACGUCAUCCACAUAUAAAUAUGGUAAUGAACUCAAAUGCUCCUGAGAAUAGUCAACUUACCUCUCCUAAAAUUCAGAAGGAGAUUGUUAAUGUGUGUGCAACUGAGGUAAGACAAGCUAUUAUUAAUGAGAUCGCUAGCAAGUACUUUUCUCUAUUAAUUGAUGAGGCUCGCGACAGUUCAAUAAAAGAGCAAAUGUAUGUGGUUUUAAGUUUUGUUAAUAAUUGUGGGGAGGUAAUUGAGCGAUUUGUAGGAGUGGUGCAUGUCAGUAACACUUCUGCGCAGACAUUGAAAAAUGUCAUUGAUGAUUUGUUUUUGCAAAGUAUGGUCUUUCAUUGUCUAAGGUUCGAGGCCAAGGUUAUGAUGGGGCGUCAAGCAUGAGCGGUGGGAUUAAUGGCUUAAAACAAAAAAAAUGGAGGAAAAUAAGCAAGCACACUAUGUGCAUUGUUUCGCUCAUCGCCUUCAGUUAGUGAUUGUUUUCUCUUUGAAGAACAAUGGAAUAGUUGGUAGUUUUUUUGAUCAUCUAGUCAUGAUUGUAAAUGUGGUUGGUGCUUCAUGUAAAAGAAAAGAUGAUCUUUUGCAAAAACAUUAUGAAAAUGUUGUAGGCCGUAUAGAACAUGGUGAGGUCAGCAUAGGCAAAGGGAAAAAUAAAGAAAAAAGUCUUGUAAGAUCAGGUGAUACUCGUUGGGUAUCUCAUUAUAAAACAAUUAUUAGAGUUGUAGAUAUGUGGGAUGCGGUGAUUGAGGUACUUGAAGCCAUAUUUGAUGAUGGUGUUGAUCAGAAAAGUAAAUCCACUUCUUCUAGUUUGAUUGAAAAAAUGGCAACAUGUGAGUUUGUGUUCAUUGCUCAUUUCCUGUUGCAGUUAUUAGGAAAAACUAAUGUGUUAUCGAAGGAAUUGCAACAAAAGAAUCAAAACAUAAGAAAUGUUGUGGAUCUUGUCAAGGCAGUGAAGGUCGAUUUGGAAAGUUAUCGAAAUGAUUAUGGUUGGGGUUUGUUAGUUGAAGAAGUGACUACAUUUUGUUCAAGUCAUGGUAUUGAUGUGCCUAAUAUGAAAGAUGUAAAGUGAAGCAGAGUGUAAAGACAAAAGACAGUUGAUGGUAGCCCGAAAAUUUGUUACCAUUAUUUUCAUUUGACAUAUUUCUCGAGAUAAUUUUUGGACUGUUAUUUCUUAUUUAAGUGUAUUUCAAUUUAUUUGUUUUACUACAGUAUUUCAUUAUUUUUUUAAAUAUAAUGUUAUGUUAUUGAUCGCCUUAUGCAAGAGAUGAAUAAUCGUUUUACUGAGUCAAGUUCAGAGCUACUGAUGUGCAUAGUGCCCUUAAGUCCUAAAGACUCAUUCUCCCAUUUUGAUUUGAAGCGGCUACUUUGUCUUGCUUAAUUACACCCAGAUGAUUUUAGCUCAAGAGAAAAACAUGAACUAAAUGAACAACUUAGGUUGUUUCUUACAUUUGUCAAAUUAUUUCCACAGUUCUCAAGUCUUCAAACUAUUGGAGAUUUGGCAAAAAGAAUUGUUGAAACGGAAUGACACACAACUUACAGUUUAUCAAGAAUGAUUUGCGCAACAAGAUUGGAGAAGAAUUCUUGACAGAUAGUUUGGUGUGUUACAUUGAGAAAGAUAUUUUUGUUAAAGUUGAGAAUAAAGAAAUUAUGAGGCGAUUUCAGAGUAUGGCACCUCGAAGACAUAGAUUAUCAUCUCCCAAUUAUUCUCCUUCAUUUGACGCUUCAGUUGCUAAUCAAAAUUAAGGUACUAUUUCAUUAGUUGGUUUAUUUAAAUUUUAUAGUUUUGUUUAAUAUAUUAUAUUUGUGAUAUAUAUGAUUUCUUUGUUAAUGAACCCCUGCAAGUCACAAGUCCUGAUUCCGCCACUCACUAAUAGUGUGGUAAUAAGACUUUGAUAGUUUGACUUCAUAUGAAUGUUUCAAGCGAAGUUAUAGUGGUUUGCUAUUGCAAGGUCCUUCGAUCAAAUCAUGACACUAAGGGGCAACCACUUUAAGGGAGCAAGCUUAAAGGGAGUAAACAAAGAUUUUGUAAAUGAAUUCAACAACUUUGAGGACUUCAAAUUUUAGUAACCCUUUUCUCGAAAUUUUGAAGAUGCGUCUUCCAUGCAUUCCAUUGUGACUCGUGAAAAACUUCAUGAAGUUUUAUGGCCGUUGAUAACAGUCUAUUAGAGAAGAUUGCAUUUAGAAUUAGAGACAUUAGUUUACAUUUGACUUCAAAGAAUGAUAAUUGAGUGUAGUUGUGUUUAACCGUUUAAGUUUAAAAUAAAUCUUAAUUGUAUAUAUUAUAUGAAACUUUGAUACUUUUGAUAUAUUUAUUGUAUAUGAAAGUAUGAAACUAUGAAUAUUUUUACUUGGACUAUUUUCAGUCCCAGAUCAGACCUGAUCAGAUCAAACCGAAUCGGUCCUGACCAGAUCAGAUCAGACUUGGACGGUUAUAAAAUACUUCGUACAUAGAGAUCAAAACUUUACCAAACCAGACCAGAAAAUUCUAGUCCAAGGAAAAACAUCUCGAAUACAAUUAAAACUUAGUCAUAAUUAGCAAGAAUUAUAUAACACUACAUAAUUUAAUUUAUAGAUAAAAUAGCCACCUUCCGUGUGACUUUAAUUUGAUACUGAUAAUGAUAUUAGUCAUUGUACGAUAUAUAGAUGUUUAAGUAUUGCUACCAAUGUCUUCAAUUAUCUAUUUUGCUACCAACGGUAGUGUUGAGUUUUUUCUUUGUUUUUGAUCAGACUUGAGUUUAUUAAAGUCUUAUUUUCACUUUUUAUUUGGGGAGUUUCUAAUAAAAGAAAGGAUCCCAUUGUAGGACAAGAAAGAGAGAAGUGGAUAGAGAGAGAACAAGAAUCAGAAAAUUGGAGGCUGAAUGUUCAUCCCCUUUUUCAGCAACCAGCACCAGAAAACAUUCAUUUCUUGGAGAUUGAACCGUCUGAUCUUUUUGAUAUUUGGAUAGAAGCUACACAGCAUCUAGGCCAACGUUUUGGACGGUGGAGAUUAGGUUUUAAGGCCCGUAGAUUGUCUUUCAAUUUGCUGGUGAUAUUUUUCUUAUCUUUGAUCCAUUUUGAUUACAUACACCUCAAUAUUCUUACUUCUAAGGAUAUGAUGGUUUUGUAUGCCUCUAGUAUUAUGUAGAUUAUAGAGAAGACUUUGUAUUACUCCUUUGCUGAUGAUAGUGGAUUUUAGCAGCCAAAAAUGGUCCCGUGGUUUUUCUCUAGUUUUAUGAGUCUUUCACGCUAAAAUUUGGUGUCUUCAUGUUGUUGUGUGC